AUGUCGCUUUUCUUCUUCAAUGUUGUCAAGGACCAUGAUUUGAAGACGAUGAUAAGGUGUUUUUUUUUGGUUCUCCUGUUGAUAAACACAAAAGUUGUGGAAGGAAAAUCCAGGGAGAGAAGUCUUGCGGAAGGGAAAGCUCCUGAGCCUGCAAAAAAAGAGUGGCUGACAUUAAAUGGAGCUGAGCCUCUGGUUGUAGCUCGAGGAGGGUUCUCGGGGCUUUUUCCAGAGUCGAGUGAUGCUGCAAAUACCUUUUUGAAGCCUCCAAUGAGUCUGUCAAAUGUGACUGUGCUGUGCAAUCUGCAAUUGACAAAGGAUGGUGUCGGAAUUUGCACAACAGAUAUCAGGCUAGAUAAUUCAACAAAUAUUGGAAUGAUAUACCCCAAUGGACAAUCAACCUAUGCGAUUAAUGGACAGGAUCUCAAAGGGUGGUUUUCUUUGGAUUAUAAAGCUGAUCAGCUUUUCAACAAUGUAUCAUUGACUCAGAAUGUGUUCUCCAGAUCAUAUCUGUUUGAUGGAGAAUUUCCAAUAUCUACUGUUGCAGAUGUAAUGGGGACUAAACCCCCUCAGUUUUGGCUAAAUGUUCAGUAUGACACAUUCUAUUCUCAACACAACCUCAGUGUGGUAGACUCUCUUCAGAAGUCUGUCAGAGUUGGGGUCAUCAAUUACAUUUCAUCUCCUGAGAUUGGUUUUCUGAAGGACAUUAGUGGGAUGGUGAACAAGGCAAGGACAAAGCUCAUUUUCAUGUUCCUCAACCCAGAUGAAGUUGAACCAACAACCAAUAAAAAAUACAGUGAAAUCAUGAAGAAUCUCGCUGCAAUCAAAUCUUUUGCUUCCGGCAUUGUAGUCCCAAAAAAUUACAUAUUUCCUGUUAAUUCUGAAACAGGAUAUUUGGAUCCUCCAACUACUCUUGUGACUGAAGCUCAUGAGGAAGGACUAGAAGUAUAUGCUUCUGGUUUUGUAAAUGAUGCUCAACUAAGCUAUAAUUACAGCUAUGAUCCAUCAGAUGAGUACUUGAGAUUUAUUGAUAACUCGCAGUUUGCUGUUGAUGGAUUUAUCACGGAUUUUCCUCCUACAGCAUCAGAAUCAAUAGCAUGCUUUGCACUGAACAAUGUUACCAAACCUGUCAGGAAUCCUUUGAUCAUAUCUCACAAUGGGGCAAGUGGGAUUUAUCCUGGAAAUACUGAUCUUGCUUAUGAGAAAGCGAUCGAUGAUGGAACCGACAUAAUUGACUGCACAGUUCAAAUGUCAAAAGAUGGAGUUGCCUUCUGCUUGAGUUCACCAGACCUCAUGGGAGAAACAACUGCCAUGACCUCUUUCAUGUCUAGAGUUACCAGUAUUCCUGCAAUUCAACAAAACAAGGGAAUCUUUUCAUUCGAUCUAACGUGGAGCGAGAUUCAAUCCUUGAAGCCUGAAAUGGUAAGCCCUUUUGCAACUGAUUCUGGGAACUUCAAAAGAAACCCUCAAGCUAAGAACCAAGGAAAAUUUGUGACCAUUGAUGAAUUCCUAAAGCUGGCAAAGACCAGGGGAGUUACUGGAAUUCAGAUCAACAUAGAGAAUGCUGCUUAUCUAGCAUCAAAGAAGGGUCUUAGCAUUGUAGAUGUUGUUUCCAAAGCCUUAAGUAAUGCUACAUUUGACAAGCAAUCCACUCAGCAAGUGUUGAUCUCAUCACAUGACAGUUCCGUGUUGUCCAAGUUUGCCAGUGUCCAGGCUUAUAAGAGAGUCUUGAACCUCAAGAACGUAGUAAGUGUUGCACCAAAGGAUUCCGUGGAGGAAAUUAAGAAGUAUGCUGAUGCAGUUAUUGUCCCAAGACCUAGCCUCAUUUCAGUCAAAGAUGGUUUUACUGUAGCUUUUACAAAUGUUUUAAAGGAAAUGCAUAGUACGAAAAUCUCAGUAUAUGUCUCAGUUUUGAGAAACGAGUUCGUUUCACUUCCGUUCGAUUACUUUGCAGAUCCUACUAUAGAACUUGCAACUUAUGUAAGAGGAAUGGGUGUAGACGGGAUUGUAACAGAGUUUCCUGCUACUGCCUCCAAAUAUUUGAGAAGCCCUUGUUCUGACCUCAAUGCUGAUCUGCCUUAUACAAUUUUACCCAUUAGCCCUGGGGAUCUGCUUAAUAUAAUACCUGAACAAGUACAACCACCGUCAAGUGCCCCCGGCCCAAGCCUGAAAAUUGCAGAUAUUGUUGAUCCGCCACUACCUUCCGUGUCCAAUGGCUCCACUCCAUUCGGGUCGAGUCCUGUUGGUGCUCCUAAUGCUGCACCAAGUUCAAGAGACAAAACCAAUGUUGCCAACGCUGGACUUUCCCUAGUGGCAGCAAUGUUGCUGUGUUUGCUCUCCAUCUGAUAUAAAAAACAUGGUUACUAAACAUAUACUCAUUGUUGUUCUAUUAGCUGAUUGUAUAAGUAUUGUUGCAGAAAAACUGGCAUUUUGAGGCUGA